UGUGUCUUCCCACUGAUCACCAAUUGAUGAAAGAACCGUGGACAACCUUCUUUCCUUCAUUAAUUUACUGAUUUACGACUUCUUUGCCAGCUGGGGUCGCCAUAAAUAUAACCACCAUCCACCGUUAAUAGCGAUGAACAGAUGCUCCCCAUUUAUUAUCGGUCUUCGUAAAACCUGCAGUUACUUCCUCACCCACUAUACUUCCGUCAUCACUUCUAGCUUCCCUCAAUCUCCUCAAGUUUCUGCUUCAGGUUGUAGAACGUUCAUGGAGGUUGUCAAAGCAAUUGCAAGUCAGGGAUCUGCAUCUCUUGAAAGUGUUGCUCUCAAAGCUGAUGACAAAAGUUAUGGCUACAAUCAUUUAGUUUCUUCUGCUCGAAGAAUAUCGCUUAUGCUAUCUGGUUGUGAACAAAAGAUUGUUGAUUGGACCACAGAGAAUAGGAGUCUCAAUGGUGCUAGAAUAGGAGUUGUGGCUAAACCUUCUGCUGAAUUUGUUGCCGGAGUUCUUGCGAUAUGGUUGAGUGGAGGUGUAGCAGUACCACUUGCACUCAGCUACCCGGAAGCUGAGCUCUUGCAUGUUAUGACUGACUCGGAUGUAUCGAUGAUUUUGAGUACUGAGGAUCACAGCGAGCUUAUGCAAAAAAUUGCAGCUAAAACUGCGGCCCAAUUUGCUUUGAUACCUCAUGUUCCUAGCAUGACUUCGCAAGCAGCAGAUCAUGAAAGUACCGAUGCCAAUGAUGGUGUACAUCAGAAAGAGAUUCAGUUCUCAAAUAAAGUAAAAGAAAGUGACCCAGCAUUGAUUUUGUAUACUAGUGGUACAACCGGGAAACCUAAAGGAGUUGUUCAUACACAUAGUAGUAUUUUAGCACAGGUGAAAACCUUAACAACAGCUUGGGAGUACACAUCAAGUGAUUGUUUUCUGCAUUGCCUACCAUUACACCAUGUUCAUGGGCUAUUCAACGCGUUGUUUGCUCCUCUUUAUGCGGGUUCCACGGUUGAAUUCAUGCCGAAGUUUAGUGUGAGGGGUAUCUGGCAAAGAUGGCGUGAAUCAUAUCCAAAAGAUGGGACUAAGCUUGAUAAUGCAAUAACUGUAUUUACAGGGGUAUGCCACUUCUUUAGUAAAUGAAACAAUGAGAAGAAAAUACUUGUCCUUAUAGAGGGAGGUUCAGGGGAAAAGUCCCAAAAAAAUUGAAAAACUAAGGAUCACCCUGGUAACUGUUUAUCUAAACUAUAUACACAUAUGUGUGGAUCAUCAGCUCUACCCCUGCCCGUCAUGCAACAGUGGGAGGAAAUUACAGGACAUCGACUAUUGGAAAGAUAUGGCAUGACAGAGUUUGUCAUGGCAAUUUCAAAUCCAUUAAAAGGAAUACGGAAAGGAGGCACUGUAGGCAAACCCUUUCCAGGUGUGCAGGUCAAAAUUCUUGCUGAAGAUGAUGGUGGUGAGGGGGUUGGUGAGCUUUGCAUCAAAAGCCCUUCAUUGUUUAAGGAAUACUGGAAACGCCCUGAGGUAACCAAGGAGUCAUUUAUAGAGGGUGGCUUUUUCAAAACUGGUGAUGCCGUUAAAGUGGAUGAAGAUGGAUAUUAUGUAAUUUUGGGACGUACUAAUGCUGAUAUAAUGAAGGUCGGUGGAUACAAGUUGUCAGCAUUGGAAAUAGAAGCGAUUCUUUUGGAACAUCCAGCUGUUUCAGAAUGUUGUGUCUUGGGGUUACCGGACAAUACUUAUGGAGAAGCCGUCACUGCAAUAAUUGUGCCAGAUAUGGAGAUAAAGAAGGUUCGUGAGAAAGAUUUGAACCCUGCUAUAAGUUUGGAUGAACUCCGAACAUGGGCUAAAGAAAAACUUGCACCAUACAAGAUACCAACCCGAUUAUUUUUAUGGGACUCGCUCCCUCGUAAUGCCAUGGGAAAGGUGAACAAAAAGGAGCUGAAGAUGAAACUGGCUGCUGAAGAACAAUAAACCGAUUUUAUCAUCGACGAAAGAUGCAACAUACCGUUUGUGUGUAAUCUAUGUUAAACGGUAAACUGCAUGCUCUCGUCGAUGGUAACGGAGAUUUUAUUUUCUCGGCUGUCGGUAUUCCUGUUAGGGAUACCGCUGUCAGAAAACUCUACAUAUAAUUUCCUUUCGAGUUGUUAGAAGUUAACGAUGAUGUGCUUAUUAUGGUAAUGUUGGCUUUGAUUUAUAUGAUUCUUGUAAUUCCUCGUUAUUUAAAAAUUGAUAAUAUGGUAAGUUUCGAGAACAGAACAGGGAUCACUGUUUUACAUUUGAUAUGAUCUUUAUAUGAAAUAGACAGGAACAUAAGAAUAAAA